UCUCUUCCUUAUCCCGUUUAUAUGAUCGGAGAGGAACUGCGCUUCAGGUUGGAAGCGGUGCGAUCAUGGCCGAGCGAGUCCAGCAGCCCCCAGCCAAGCGGCUCUGCUGCCGGCCCGGCUACAACCCGGCAUGCAGGCAGGGGCAGCGGGCUGGAGGAGUCCUGUGUGGCGGCGCGGGGUCCGCUCCGGGAGGGUCGGGAAAUGGAAAAACGCACAACCCUGAGUCGUUGCUCGACAUCGCGGCACGCAGAGUCGCGGAGAAGUGGCCGUUCCAGAGGGUGGAGGAGCGGUUCGAGAGGAUCCCGGAGCCCGUCCAGCGGAGGAUCGUAUACUGGUCAUUCCCGAGAAGCGAGAAGGAGAUCUGUAUGUAUUCCUCUUUCAACGCCGGAGGAGAGGAAAGUGGAACUAGCGGGGACAAUAAUGACGAGACCCAGCUGCCUUUCCUACGGGGUGUCACUCUGCUGGAGGGUGGCUGGGUGGACAACGUAUUGCAAGUCGGUUUCCAUCUGAGCGGCACGGUGACGGAUCCCGCCACACCCUCGUCCCCGGAGCUUGUGUGCAGCGUCAGCGUCAGCUUCGACCGCUGCAAGAUCACGGCCGUAACGUGCACCUGCGGAAACAAAGACAUCUUCUACUGCGCCCAUGUAGUGGCGCUUUCGCUUUACAGAGUACGGAAGCCCGAGCAGGUCAAACUGCAUCUGCCCAUCUCAGAAACCCUGUUCCAGAUGAGCAGAGACCAGCUGCAGAAGUUUGUCCAGUACCUGAUAUCAGUCCACCACACAGAGGUGCUGCCCACCGCUCAGAAGCUGGCCGACGAGAUUCUGUCGCAGAACUCGGAGAUCAACCAGGUUCACGGGGCCCCGGACCCCACAGCAGGAGCCAGUGUGGACGAUGAGAACUGCUGGCAUCUGGAUGAGGAGCAGGUCCAGGAGCAAGUCAAGCUCUUCCUGUCCCAGGGAGGAUACCACGGCUCGGGCAAGCAGCUCAACCUGCUCUUCAGCAAGGUGAGGGAGAUGCUGAAGAUGCGUGACUCCAACGGAGCGAGGAUGUUAACACUGAUCACAGAACAGUUCAUGGCCGACCCUCGGCUGGCACUGUGGAGACAGCAGGGCACCACCAUGACCGACAAGUACAGACAGCUCUGGGACGAGCUGGGUGCCCUGUGGAUGUGCAUCGUACUGAACCCCCACUGUAAACCAGAGCAGAAGUCAUCGUGGCUGCGCCAGCUGCGCAGAUGGAACAGCGUGGACGUCUGCCCCUGGGAGGAUGGUAACCACGGCAACGAGCUGCCCAACCUCACCCACUCACUGCCUCAGGGUGCCCAUGGCAACCAAGAGAUGCGCCCCCACAGGACGGUGUUCACGCGAGCCAUUGAGGCCUGUGACCUGCACUGGCAGGACCGACACCUCCAGCACAUUAUCGCCAGUGACCUCUAUGCCAACUACUGUUACCAUGACAACCAGGAGGGCUCCCUCUUCGACUCACGUGGUUGGCCCUUAUGGCAUGAACAUGUGCCAACGGCCUGCGCCAGGGUGGAUGCCCUGCGUUCCCACGGUUACCCCAGAGAAGCUCUCCGACUGGCCAUCGCUGUAGUGAACACGUUACGAAGGCAACAGCAAAGACAACUGGAGCACUUUCGCCGGCACAAGAAAGAGUUGCUCCAUAAAGGCCACACCUCCAUAACCAACAUGGAGGGCUGGGUGGGACACCCUCUGGAUCCCAUCGGUACUCUGUUCAGCACCCUGACAGAGUCGGGACGAGCGGGCGAGGAGGGCUCCAACACCUGCUUAGACCUCUCAGACUGCUCCAGCGUUGUAAGCCGAGCAGACCUCCAACGAAUGCCCGUGCAGCGAUUGCUGGGAGACGGCGAAUCGUACGUGGCGCUGGCGGUGGAGACGGCUCUGAUUGGCUUAGGCCAGCAGCGGGUGAUGCCUGAUGGGCUGUAUGCUCAAGAAAAAGUGUGUCGCAACGAAGAGCAGCUAUUGGCCAAGCUGCAGGAAGUGGAACUGGAUGACUCCUUGGUCAAAAUCUUCCGUAAACAGGCCGUCUUUCUGCUGGAGGCCGGUCCGUACUCUGGCCUUGGAGAGAUUGUCCACAGAGAGAGUGUUCCCAUGCACACCUUCGCCCGCUAUCUCUUCACCUCCCUCCUACCUCACGACGCUGAACUGGCGUACAAAAUUGCACUGAGAGCUAUGCGGUUGCCGGUGUUGGAGUCGACGGCAUCGUCCGGUGACCUCUCGCGACCUCACCACAUCGUGUCCGUAGUCCCCAACCGCUACCCUCGCUGGUUCACCCUGAGCCACAUAGAGUCUCAGCAGUGUGAGCUGGCCUCCACCAUGCUUACUGCUGCCAAAGGUGACAGUCGCAGGCUGGAGACGGUUCUGGAGUCCAUCCAGAAAAACAUUCACUCCUCCUCUCACAUCUUCAAACUGGCACAGGACGCGUUCAAGAUCGCCACACUCAUGGACAGCCUGCCUGACAUCACACUUCUCAAAGUCUCUCUGGAGCUGGGACUGCAGGUGAUGAGAAUAACUCUGUCCACAUUAAACUGGAGGAGGAGAGAGAUGGUGCGCUGGUUGGUCACGUGUGCCACUGAAGUUGGUGUGUACGCACUGGACAGCAUCAUGCAGAGCUGGUUCACCCUCUUCACCCCUACAGAAGCCACCAGUAUCGUGGCCACCACUGUCAUGUCCAACAGCACUAUCGUCCGCCUCCACCUGGACUGCCACCAGCAGGAGAACCUGGCGUCGUCCGCUCGCACCCUGGCGCUGCAGUGUGCCAUGAAGGACCCCCAGAACUGCGCCCUCUCUGCUCUUACACUCUGUGAAAAGGACCACAUUGCCUUCGAGACAGCCUACCAGAUUGUACUGGACGCGGCAGCGACAGGAAUGAGCUACACGCAGCUGUUCACUAUUGCACGCUACAUGGAACACCGCGGUUACCCGAUGAGAGCGUACAAGCUGGCCACGUUAGCCAUGGCCCACCUGAACCUCAGUUACAACCAGGACACGCACCCGGCCAUCAAUGACGUAUUGUGGGCCUGCGCGCUCAGCCACUCGCUGGGGAAGAAUGAGCUGGCCGCCGUCAUCCCCCUGGUGGUCAAGAGCGUCAAGUGCGCCACCGUGCUCUCUGACAUUUUGCGGCGGUGCACGCUGACCACGCCGGGCAUGGUGUCGGCGCUGCACAGCCGCAGGAACUCUGGGAAGCUGAUGUCGCUGGACAAGGCGCCGCUCAGGCAGCUGCUGGACGCAACCAUCGGGGCCUACAUCAACACCACGCACUCACGGCUCACGCACAUCAGCCCGCGCCACUACAGCGAGUUCAUCGAAUUCCUGGGCAAAGCCCGGGAGACUUUCAUGAUGGCUCACGACGGACACAUUCAGUUCACCCAAUUCAUAGACAACCUGAAACAGAUCUACAAGGGCAAAAAGAAACUAAUGAUGCUAGUGAGGGAGCGGUUCGGCUGAGGGCGAAGCUGGGGGUUUGCCAGAAGCUCCCCUCCCUCCCUGCUCUAGUACUUUUCUAUUAACUUGAGUCUGCCUUUUGAACUUCUUUUGGACUUAUAAAAAUAGACAAGUAAAAAGAGGGAUGUGACUUGUAGAAUGAAGCAAAAAGAGAAAGGAAAAGAUGACAAAAAAAUCAACAGAGCCACCUGCGGUAUUAUUGUUCUUGCUGUUGUUAUUGUUAUAAACAUUAUUACUAUUAUUAUUAUUAUUAAUAAUAUUAUUACUACUAUGUGUACAGAAGUGUUUUUAUUUUUCAGAAGAGAGGAAAUUUGUCACAUUGUGAAUGUUGUGUGUAUUUCUCUACAUGUGUGCGAGACGAAAAUGAAAAGUGAAAUGGCUUUUUUUAAAAAGAUUUUUUUAGGUUCCUUUUUUUUUUUAAUUUUUAUUAUUUCAAGCAUCUUUUUACCCUUUUUCAAUGUGUAUAUUGAGUUACAUGUUGUCAAGUGGCUGAAGCCCCUCUACAAUAGCGCUCAUGUAAAAACGGAAAAAAGAAAAGACGACGAUGAAGAAAAAGGAAAAAAAACAACAAAAAAAACAAUGUCUCGGCAUCCUCAAAGAGAAACUAAGGCUUUAAACCACACAGAGCACCUCCCUCUGUCCAGGCCCUCACUGGUGGGCAACUGGGCAACACUGCACAGCUUAGCUCGGCUCGGCACAGAUUGGUUUAGCACUGACAUAAAGCCGCCAUCAGCAUUUCUCCAGACAUAGUGGUAGCAGAAGCAGCAGCAGCAGAAAAGCAGCACUUGAGCAGCCAUUAGUUUUCUCUGGGUUCCAGGCAUUAUCUUCAUCGCACCACAACAAUGCUCUUAGCUAACUCGUGUUGUUGUUGUUAUCGUUGCAAUCUCACCCACCUCCAAAAACGAGUACCUGUUCUGCACAGAACACAGCAUGCAGUGAUGACACAAAGAGUAUUAUUGCUACAUUAGUGUAAAGUUGUACAACUUUGGGCUUUCAAAAGCGCAGAUUUGACUUAAAUAACUGAUAUAGUUGCGUUUUUGUAGUUGAAACAGAAACCCAGAGGCAGAUGACUACCUCAUGAUACGGUAUUAAACCUGCUCCCAGUUAUUUUGCUUUCUUUUUUGCUAUCAUGAUAGUUAUCAUCUACGAUAGCUGACAGUGUUAAUUACAAAAAAGGGGGAUUGACUAGUGAGACCAAGGUUAUGAGGCUACUUAGAGUCAGAUUCCUGCUAAGUGUUUCUGUGCUCGGCUCUGCUGUAUGUCACUGCCCAGCCAUCGGUACUUCUUACAUCCCCCACCUAAAAAUCCAAAAAAUUGGCUCCAAACGCACUCAGAAGACGCGUCAGUACGUCGUUCCCCUCUCAUCUCGACAGCCACCAUCGUAUGGUAUUUUCAAACUAGGCCAGUGUCACUUCCCUCUGUGCAUGUGAAUCAUAGAAAUUAGACUUUCUACUGUUAUAGUUCAUUGUGUGGAACCUUCAGUAAUUGUCAACCAGAACGUUCUCAGGGAUUUUCUCUACACAGGAAAAAAAAAAAAAAAGGCGGAGCAAAUGAACGACUGACUUACAAGGAAAAAGACGAAAACACGACACAACAUGAGCGAGCAUUUAUUGUACUCUGUAUAUAUGCCAUAGUAUAUGUCUGAAUAUGGAGGAUCUGAAAGUAUAUGUUAACUAAUUUAUACAGAGUAUUCUAUGUAAUGUGAAAUACUUGAAGCCGCUGUAGUUUGCUCUCUCUUGCUCUCCAUCUCUUUCUCUCUUUUGUCUUCUUUAUUUCUCUCUCUCUUUGGUUCAAACAGAACAUAUCAGAAGGACUAGACUGACCUUGUUGACUGCUUUGUUUUUGUUUUUUUUGUUUUUUUUUGGAAUCGCAAGGCCACACGUGCUCACACUCGAGAUGCUGGAUCUCGUCAGAAAUGGAGGUUGAGUCAGAUUGGUGGCGGCAGAGAAAAGAAACAUUGCUGUUCAUUCCUGCUGACUAAAGCAUAGAAAAGGGGGAGGGAGGUAGACUUACUCCAGGCCAUUGAUCGAUAAAUGUUUGAAAACACAAUACAGGAUUUCUUAAAGUACUUACUUAUGCAUGUAAGCUGUUGUACUAGCCUAGUUUUCCACGGAAUCCUAUCGGGGGGGAGGGACAGUAUAAUGUGCUUUAUAUGGGAGCUAAUUGGAGAUGAAUCUGUUUUUUUAAAAAAAAAAACUAAAUCGUUCAUUUUGUGUUGAGCCUUACAUGCAUUUAAAGACAUCUCAUGGCUGAAGUCUGCCUGGUUGUGCAGUAAUAUAACCAUCGCUGGAGUAGUUUAACAGUCACGAAACGCCACAAGACUUACGUUUGCUAAUUAUGCACAGACUUCAGUAGAAUUUUUAGUUCUCCUUUCAUUCACUGCAGAAUUUCCAGUGUCUCCUCUGCAAUGUUCAGCUGUCCUCUCAUGACUUGCCUUUUUCCCUUUUUCUCCUUUAUUUCUCCUUUUCUUUUCGUUUUCCGUGUAUCUUUUUCUAUCUUGUGUUGAUUAAAGAUAAAAGCAGCCUUUUUCUCUUGCCUUGUCUUAACGCUUUAAAGUAACCAAACAGAAGAUCUAUCUAACAACCAAACGCGUUCUAAGAGGUGAGAGACAACCAACCUUGGUCCCAGCUUUAGUGUCCUUAAUUAGUAAGUGAAUGGCUGUGUAACUCAUGCUUUAACAAAGCAAUUCCUCACGUGUGUUUGGUGGGAAAAAAAAUACGUUGUCCAGUGUCUCUUGUUCUCUUCAGAAACAAUUUCCUCUGAGUCUUUCUAGCUGUUUUUAUUUCAUUUUUUUUGUUUUUUUGUUUGUUUGUUUGUGUAGGAAUCUUCUGCUCUCCCAUUUUAUUUAUUACAAUGACCCAUGUAUACAUGCUUAUGAAAUUAAGAUUUGAUACACCGAUAUCAAUUUAUUUAUGUAACUAAAUCACUGUUUUAUAAUCUUGUUAAUGAGUCAAUAAUUGAUUUUUUUUUGUUUUUGUUUUUUGUUUUAAUAAAAGUUAGUUUUUUGAAAUGUA